AUGAGCAGCAAUUUUUUUGAAGUCAAUGAUCUCCUUAAAGGUUUUGGAAUACAGCCAUUGAAUAUAGAACAAAUAGGAUUUGGAAACAAUCCAGCAAUAAAUUUAGCAGAUAAAGCUCCUGUUAGUAAACCAAUCAGCAUCCCCUAAACUCAGUAAAAGGCCUACGAAUUUAACACUCCUAAAGCUGAUUAUAGUAGCCCAUACUUUUAAGUAGGUAAUAUUAAUUUAGGUAAAGAUGGUAAAGUUAGAGCUGAAUCAAGCAAUAAGUAUUAACCUACAUCUCAUGGAACUUCAAAAUUUGCAGAUGAUUUGUCUGCAAAAUAUAAAUAUAACCCAGCUCCUGUUCCAACCUAAACCAAAGACUCUUUAGUCUAUAACCCUAAUAAAUUGUCAAAUUUAGGAACUAAUCUUCAGUAUCCAGCUACUAAAUUAUCUAAUAUUGGUUUAGGGUCCCAUUCAAAUACUGCACUACCUAAUUAUACAAAAGAUAGCUAUCUAAAUGCAAAGUCACCUUCUAAUAUUAGCAGACCUUCCGAUAGCUACCUACAACCUAGUAAUUUCGCUAAAUAUGAUACAACAUCACCUCUUAAUACACCUAAUAUUCCAUUGGUUUAGUAGCCUUCUUAUAACCAAGAUGUGAAUAGAAUAAUUGCAGAUAUUAAAAGAAAUUCAGGUUCUAGCACAGGCCCUAAUACACCAAUUUAGAAAGAUUAUUCAUCACCUUCUAGUGUUCCUACUCCUUAUAAUUAAUAUACAGGAGCUGGAUAUUCCUCAAACCCUAUCUCACCACAUAUCCAAAAUGAUAUUUCUCCUUUAAACAUAAAAGAGCCUAUAAAAAAACCAGUUGAUAAUCUUCCUUACAAUGUUUCAUCUCCUUACUCUAAUCCUUCUAAUGUAUCUAAUCUUCCAAAUCCCAACAAAGCCAGCAAUUUCAGCAAUUUUAAUAACAACUACAAUUACAACCAAACUCCUGUUACUACAAACGUUAAUAACAAUAAUAUGUUGAAUUCUAGUCUUUUAAAGAGCUAUAUUUCCCCCUUUUAAUCUUAGCAUAGUAAAGUAAAUAGACCUCGACUUGAUUAAAAAUAUCAAUCUGCAUUGAAAAUUUGCAUGUAAACAAAUUCAGAAUUCAAUGAUUAUGAAUUCCCUGCUUCAGAAAAAAGUAUUGCUCCACCUUAAAACUUAAAUGAAUAUCGCAGCAUUAAAACUUGGGUUCGUCCAAGAGUUAUUUGGGGCAAAGAGGAGUUUGAAUUAUAUUUCAAGAUUAUUGAACCUAAUGAUAUUUAACAAGGAUAUUUAGGAGACUGCGCAUUUUUAUCAACAAUAGCUGCAAUAGCUGAAACACCUUCUCGUAUUUAGAGAAUUUUUAUUAAUGAAUCUAAAAGCAAGUACGGCCUUUAUGGAUUAAACUUAGUUUGGAAAGGAGUUCCAGUUGAAGUAAUAGUAGACGAUCUUAUUCCUGUUGACUCCAGGAAUAAGCCUUAUUUCUAAUAAUCAAAAGAAAAGGAAUUAUGGGCUUUCUUGAUAGAAAAAGCUUGGGCUAAAUUGCAUAAAAAUUAUCAUUAGCUUAAUGGCUAAUUAGUAAAAGAAAGUAUGCACGAUUUAACAGGUGCUCCAGUGAGAAACUUUGAUCCUAGAAAUUGUGAUCCAAAAGUUCUUUGGGAAAAAAUAUUAAAGGCUAAGUCUUAAGAUUUAAAUAGAAUCAUCUGUGCAGGUACUUUGGGAGAAGAUACAGGCGAUGAUAAUGAUCCAUUAAAAAAGCAUGGCUUAAUUAGUGGACAUGCGUAUUCUUUAAUUGGUGCAUACGAAAUUACCUUAAAAAGUGGCUAUAAAGAAAAAUUAGUAAAAAUGAGAAACCCUUGGGGAAAUUUUGAAUGGAAUAAAACAUAUGCUGACAAGGAUUAUUAAUGGCAAAAUGUUACUGAAGAAGACAAAAGAAGAAUGGAAUAUUUAAAUGAAGAUGAUGGUACAUUUUUCAUGAAAUUCGAUACUUUUAGGCAAUACUACGACUCUGUAGAUAUUUGCUACUACUAUGAUGAUUACAACUAUUUUGGUGUUAAAUGUCGCUCAAAAUGCAACGAAGCCAAAUACUUUAGAGUAGACUUGAAAAAAGACGCAUAUUGCUUCUUUUUUGUUAGUCAGCUCUCUAUUAGAUGCUUUGAUGAAGAUUAUUAGUUUGUAAAUCCUAAAGACUAAGGCCAUUACUCUGAAACAAAAAUUUGUGUUGCAGAUUCUAAUGGAAACAUAAUACAUAAAAUCAAAGGUAAAAAAAGAGAUUUAUUUUCUCCUAAGUAUGUAGACAAUGAAGAUCGUUAAAGAUUUAAAGCUGGAACUUACUAUGUUUUUGUUUAAGUUUAAUGGUAAAGAGGAGCAACCCAUAGUUUUGGUGUUGGGUGUUACACAAAGGAAGCCGACAUAAAGCAAGUCACUUAGUAUGAUGCAAAGUGUUUAACAUCUUUUACUGACAAAUGGUCUACUUAAGAGCUGUAUGAUAAUGAUAUUGAAAAGGUCUAUGGUAGAGUUUGA